AUGCCGGUUUCAAGUACUAGAAACCGAUCAGCGAAGCAGCUUGGUGCUGCCCUCUCAGGCACGGCAUCAGCAGCAUUGACCAAAAACCUGGGCAAGGCCUCAGCUACCGACAACAUGCUAAAUCCAAAGAUGCUUUUCCAGGUACCCACGGCCGAUGUGCUACCAGCUGCUCACAUCGGUGUUGGGAUAAGCGGUCAGGAGGGGAUGCAGGCAGUUCUGGCAUCAGAUUACUCCUUCGCUCAGUUUCGGUACCUGCAGCGGCUCUUGCUGGUGCACGGACGCUGGUCCUACUUCCGCAUGUGUAAUUUCCUGUACUAUUUCUUCUACAAGAACUUUGCCUUCACACUGGUGCACUUCUGGUACGGUUUCUUCUGUGGUUUCUCGGCUCAGACUGUGUAUGACCAGUGGUUCAUUACCCUCUUCAAUAUAGUCUACACAUCUUUACCAGUCCUCGCGAUGGGACUUUUUGAUCAGGAUGUCAAUGACCAGAACAGCCUUCGCUACCCGAGCCUGUACAAACCCGGCCAGCAAAACCUUCUCUUCAACAAAUGCCAGUUUUUCCUGUGCACAGUGCAGGGGGUAUGCACAUCAUUCCUGCUCUUCUUCAUUCCUUAUGGUGCCUUCUCUGUCAUGGUGAAAGAGGACGGCUCCCACUUAUCUGACCAACAAGCGUUUGCAGUCACCAUAGCAACAUCCUUGGUCAUAGUCGUAAGUGUUCAGAUUGGACUCGACAAACACUACUGGACAGCUGUUAAUCACCUCCUCACGUGGGGUAGCCUGACAGUGUACUUUGCCAUUUUGUUUGCUAUGCAAAGUGAUGGCAUAUUUGGCGUCUUUCCAAGAAAUUUCCCAUUCAUAGGCACGGCACGUAACUGUCUAUCAGAGAAGAGUGUAUGGUUGGUCAUUCUGCUCACCACUGUGGUGUGUGUUGUGCCUGGCUUAGUAGUCCGCUUCCUGAGAGCAGACCUCUUCCCAACUCUAACAGAUAAGCAACACAGCGGCCCAGCCUGCGGUGUUCCAAAAAAGGAGCUGAUGCAGGAGGCUGAUGUGAGGCUGAGAAAGGACCUGAGGAGGCUCCAUUAA